GAGUGGCGCUUUCUUCGUGCCACUAUAAAGAAAACAAAAGCCCAACGACGCACCCACCAUUACCAGUUUUCUAGAGAGAGAAAGCGCACUGGUCUUAGAAAGGGAGAGACAGAGAGAGAGGGUGUGAAGAACUAGAAGACCGAAUUUUGGUGGAUCUAGAUCCUGCGCUGUGUGCUGCUAUGGCGGGAGGGUCUCUCGCAUUCAAAUUAUGGAUCUGCGUCUGUGCUUUGCUCUUUGUCCAUUCUCAUUGCUUCUAUCUCCCUGGUGUCGCCCCUGAAGAUUUCCUUGUGGGGGAUGAAUUGAAGGUGAAAGUAAACAAACUGGCUUCUACAAAAACACAGCUUCCUUACUCAUACUAUUCCCUUCCUUAUUGUCGUCCAAAGAAGAUAGUUGAUAAUGCAGAAAAUCUGGGGGAAGUUCUUCGUGGUGAUCGCAUUGAAAACUCUCCUUAUGUGUUCAAAAUGAGAGAACCACAAAUGUGCAAAAUCUUAUGCCAUAUUACACUUGAUGCAAAAACUGCAAAGGAAUUCAAGGAAAAGAUAGAUGAUGAAUAUCGGGUGAACAUGAUCUUGGACAAUCUUCUACUGGUUUUCCCAAUUCCAAGGCCUGAUCAGGAAAAUUCCUUUGUGUAUCAACAUGGUUUUCAUGUUGGUCUCAGAGGACAGUAUGCCGGAAGCAAAGAGCAAAAACAUUUUAUUCACAAUCACUUGGCAUUUACUGUCAAAUUCCACAAAGAUGCUCAGACAGAUUCUGCCAGGAUAGUUGGAUUUGAAGUAAAACCAUUCAGUGUUAAGCAUGAGUUUGAAGGUGAGUGGAAGAAUGAGAAGACCCGUUUAACAACCUGUGAUCCCCAUGCAAAACGAUUAGUCACCAACUCAGAAACUCCUCAAGAGGUUGAGGAUAAGAAGGAGAUAAUCUUUACAUAUGAUGUUGAGUUCCAGGAAAGUGAUGUUAAGUGGGCAUAUCGGUGGGAUUCCUAUCUUCUGAUGUCUGAUGAUCAGAUCCACUGGUUUUCUAUUGUCAACUCAUUGAUGAUUGUUCUUUUCCUUUCUGGGAUGGUGGCUAUGAUCAUGUUGAGGACAUUGUAUCGGGAUAUCUCCAAGUACAACCAACUGGAGACCCAAGAAGAAGCCCAAGAAGAGACUGGGUGGAAAUUAGUGCAUGGGGAUGUUUUCAGGCCUCCAUCUAAUUCAGAUUUACUCUGUGUCUAUGUUGGAACAGGGGUUCAGUUUUUUGGGAUGAUUCUAGUUACCAUGAUAUUUGCUGCACUAGGAUUCCUUUCUCCUUCAAACCGAGGUGGACUGAUGACAGCCAUGCUUCUCCUCUGGGUAUUUAUGGGCCUGUUUGCUGGACACACUUCAGCUCGUCUCUAUAAGAUGUUCAAGGGGACAGAAUGGAAGAAAAUCACUCUCAAAACAGCCUGUAUGUUUCCUGCAGUUGUCUUUGUCAUUUUCUUCAUAUUGAAUGGUUUAAUAUGGGGUGAGAAAUCCUCUGGGGCAGUGCCAUUCGGAACCAUGUUUAUACUGGUCUUUCUAUGGUUUGGUAUCUCAGUCCCACUUGUCUUUGUUGGUAGCUAUAUCGGUUUCAAGAAGCCAGCAAUUGAGGAUCCUGUGAAAACUAACAAGAUACCAAGGCAGAUCCCAGAACAGGCCUGGUACAUGAACCCAGCCUUCUCUAUCCUUAUUGGAGGCAUUCUCCCAUUUGGUGCUGUGUUUAUUGAGCUCUUCUUCAUCCUUACCUCGAUAUGGUUGCAUCAAUUUUAUUACAUAUUUGGUUUCUUAUUCAUUGUCUUCAUCAUCCUCAUCAUCACCUGUGCCGAGAUCACGAUUGUGCUUUGCUACUUCCAGCUAUGCAGUGAGGACUACCUCUGGUGGUGGAGGUCAUACUUGACUUCAGGUUCCUCUGCGCUUUAUCUGUUCCUUUACGCCACUUUCUAUUUCUUCACAAAGCUUGAAAUUACAAAGCCAGUGUCUGGGGUGCUGUACUUUGGGUACAUGCUGAUCGUUUCGUACGCUUUCUUUGUGCUGACUGGUACAAUCGGUUUCUAUGCCUGCUUCUGGUUUACCAGGCUCAUCUACUCAUCAGUGAAAAUUGAUUAAUCCAUGGAUCAUUGCUUCUUUCUGAAUGGAAUGACCAAUUUGUUUCCACAUGAUAGCGUGCAUUAUUUGGACAGGUUCGGAGAUGUUGGAUAUUGGUACCUCAAGAAUUACCAUUCGGGUUCAGUUUUGAAUUGUUAUAUCAUAGGAAUUUCUUUUAGCUUUUUGAUACAGGUUUUAGUUCUUGCUACGGUUUACUUUCUGUCAUGUUCUCUGUUUGGUAUUAUGACACUGAGGGAAUUGUUGAGCAAUCACCUUGUCCCUCCCUGUUAUAGAAAAGAAAAACAAUUCUUGUAUUAUUGAUGCUAGUUUAUGUUCAUUUCUAUUUGGAGGUUCCAAAAUAUUGGGAACCAAAUAACAUGUACUUCUUUUGUAUAAAGAAAAUGUAAGGCCAUAUUCUGUUUA